AAGAUUUUGGUUCCUGGCCGGAGAGAUAUUCAUCAAGGAAAUAAUUAAAAAGUAAAGAUGACUGAUUUAGGAUGAUAUAUAAGCUAGAUCCUAGAUUGUCCAAUUUGUGCCAUACAAUUUUGAAACAGCGUACUAAUUAGUGGAAGUGAUCGAAAUUAUGCAAACGAUGAUGGCGUGGGGGAUGCCGGAACAACAAGGGUGGAGGAAGGGUCCUUGGACUCCUGAAGAGGAUAAAUUGCUUAGCGACUAUGUAAGCUUGCAUGGAGAGGGAAGAUGGAGUUCUGUCGCUAGAUCCGCAGGCCUGAAUAGGAGUGGUAAGAGCUGCCGGCUAAGGUGGGUGAAUUAUCUCAGGCCUGGUCUCAAGAGAGGCCAAUUAACACCUCAAGAGGAAGGCAUCAUUAUUGAGCUUCAUGCUCUUUGGGGUAACAAGUGGUCGACUAUUGCAAGAUACUUGCCCGGGAGAACAGACAAUGAGAUAAAAAACUACUGGAGAACACAUUUCAAGAAGAAGGAAAAAUCCUCUCGGAAGCAUGAACAGCGCAAACAGCAAAUAAGACAACGAGAAGAGCAACAGGGGGAGCAACCAGUACUAGAACAUCAUGAUCACAUGAUAAGAAGUGUCUUAUUUCAUGCAGAGACUGGAAACACUGAGAAAAUGACUGCGGAGGCUCAAGAAAUUAGGCAACAGAUGGUUUUCAGCACUCACCCGACUAAUUCGGAGAACCACUGCUUCCCUGUUGUGUACCAAGAUGUUGCACCCUGGUCGGACACAGUGGCAGAUGAUGUGCUCUGGGGUGGCCUGUGGGACUUGGACGAUUAGACACUUUCAAGGCUGUGCAACAACAAACUAAUUAACCAUGGAAAUUCAAACUACGGCCUUUUUCUUGUCAAGGGGACUCGAAUAAGUCACGCCAAUGCUUUUUCUUUGGAGUGGUUUCCAAUAGUUUCGUAUGUGGAGGGUACAUUUUCUAGGAAGGCUGAUCAUAUAUAAGUCUAAUUCUGUGUUUUUUU